AUGCAAAGCACUGGCUUAGCCCUUUGCUACAACUGGCUGUUUCCCCAGAACAACGGAGAAGGAAUUCACUACAUGGUGGUGGAAAUAGUAGUCACUGUUCUCUCUUGGACAGGCUUGGCUACACCUACAGGGGUCCCUAAAGAUGAAGUGUUGGCAAAUCGAUUGCUUCAUUUUCUAAUGAAGCAUGUCUUCCAUCCCAAAAGAGCCGUGUUUAGACACAACCUUGAAAUUAUUAAAACCCUUGUCGAAUGCUGGAAGGAGUGUCUUUCUAUCCCUUACAGGUUAAUAUUUGAAAAAUUUUCCCAUAAGGACCCUAAUUCUAAAGACAAUUCUGUAGGAAUUCAGUUAUUGGGCAUUGUAAUAGCUAAUGACUUGCCUCCCUAUGACCCAAAGUGUGACAUAGCAAGUACCAAAUAUUUUGAAGCUUUAGUAAAUAACAUGUCCUUUGUGAAGUAUAAAGAGGUAUAUGCAGCUGCAGCAGAAGUUCUAGGACUUAUUCUUCAACAUAUUACUGAGAAGAAACACGUGAGUGCUACACAGUGCCCUUGUGACUGUCAUCACCCUGUAUCCACCUGUGUUACCAUACCACUGCUAUGGUGGGCUGCUGUGUAG